AUGUUAUCAAGAACGUUAUUAUUUAGAAACAUACCUGGAAACAUAACCAGACGUCUACUCCAUAUCAAGACAGCAUCAACUCCAAACGAAAAUGCCUUGAAGUUCAUCUCACCGGAUAAGCCUAUUUUACCCAUCGAAAAUACCACUUUUGAAUUUACGUCAACCUUGCAGGCAAUACAUUCACCAUUGGCAUUACAGCUUUUCAAGCUUCCUGGAAUUAAAUCUAUAUUGUUGGGACCUGACUUUUUAACGGUAAACAAGUUGGACAAUUAUGACUGGCAUAAUUUAUCCAAGGAAGUUACUGACACUAUGAAGGAAUUUUUGGAGCAUAAAGAUGCAAAACCGGUGAUCACUAAUGAACUUGUUGAAAAAAUUGAACAAGAUAAGCAAGCUUUGGAGGAUGAAGACGAAUCUGAAAUUGUACUGAUGAUAAAAGAGCUUAUUGAGACAAGGAUACGUCCUGCCAUUCAAGAUGAUGGUGGAGAUAUCGAAUAUAAAGGAUUUGAUGAAGAAACGGGUACAGUGUUUUUGAAAUUACAGGGUGCUUGUAAAUCAUGCAGCGCCAGUGAAGAUACGCUAAAGAGUGGGAUUGAAGGCAUGUUGAAACAUUACAUAGAGGAAGUUCAAGAAGUUCAACAGAUUUUGGACCCUGAGGAGGAGAUAGCUAUGAAGGAGUUUGAAAGGUUAGAGGCGCAGUUGAAAGGGGGUAAAGGACAUGCUGCCGUUGAUGAAGGCCCUCCAUCUUUAUAA